GCGUGGCUGGAGAGAGUCUGAUGUGGCUGAUCUCAUUGCUCGCGUGCAUGUGAGCUCGUGCUCGUCAAGGCAACAGCUUCCACCACUUCCCAAAUCGAUCGCUUCUUGCAUUCACUUUCGUAUCCCCUUCAUUACUGGCAAAAUGAAGACCAUCACUUUGGGAGCGCUCGUGGGCGCGGCAUCAUUAGCGACAGCCCUCUCCAUCCCCUCCACCUUACGACAAGCCGUCAGCCAACUCGCCAGCGGGCAGAACCCCCUCGCCAGCGCUGAACGAUACCUGAUCGAACUCGCGCCCAGCCAAACGCAAUGGGUGACGGAAGAAGAGAAGUGGCAACUCCGCCGGCAAAACAUCAACUUCUUCGACAUCACCGAAACGCCCGACCUCGCCACGACAACCUCGAGGUCGACCGUCCGCUUCCCCUCCAAGACCGCCCACAAUGAAUCCAUCACCCCGUUAUUGAAGACGUUGGACAAACAACACAUGAUCUCCGACCUCACAACCUUCACCGCCUUCCACACCCGCUACUACCGCUCCGAUUACGGCCGGCAAUCCUCCGAAUGGCUGUUGGCGCAAGUAAACCACACCCUCUCCUCCGCCUCCAAAAACACCUCCACCUCCACCUCUACCUCUUCCAACUUCACCGGCCACGUCCGUCCCUUCCCCCACUCCUGGGGCCAGGCCAGCAUCAUCGCCACCCUCCCCGGCAAAUCUGCAAACACAAUCGUCAUCGGCGCCCACCAGGACAGCACAAAUCUCUUCCUCCCCUCCCUCCUCGCCGCCCCCGGCGCGGACGACGACGGGAGUGGCACUGUCACCAUCCUCGAGGCGCUGAGAGUGUUACUGCACGAUCCGAAGAUUUUGGCCGGGGAGCAGGAGAACACGGUGGAAUUUCAUUGGUACUCUGCGGAAGAAGGCGGACUGUUGGGCUCGCAGGCCAUCUUUUCCGCGUACCAGAAGAGCGGGAGGAGUGUGAAGGCGAUGUUGCAGCAGGAUAUGACGGGCUACACCCACGCAACUCUUGCGGCGGGCGAGCCGGAGAGUGUGGGCGUGAUCACGGAUUAUGUCGACCCGGGCUUGACGUCUUUUAUCAAGGAAGUCGUGACGGAGUAUUGUACUAUUCCGUUCAUCGAGACGAAGUGCGGCUAUGCGUGUUCGGACCACGCGAGCGCGAGUAAAGCGGGUUACCCGAGCGCGUUUGUGAUUGAGAGUGAUUUUAAAUACAGUGAUAAGAAGAUCCAUACCACGGACGACAAGCUGGAGUACUUGGAUUUCGACCAUAUGUUGCAGCAUGCGCGGUUGACGUUGGGGUUGGCUUAUGAGUUGGCGUUUGCUAAAUUCGAAUGAAUCGAGUUGUGAUACGGGGGGGUGGUUAUUGGGCAUUCAAUGUGUAAUAUACAGUGAGGAGUGAGAGGUGUAGAGUAUGUAACUACCAACGCAUCUGCAGCACUGAUGUAGGCGCAAAGCGCAGUGGUUUCAGGCCCUCACCUCUUAACUCAACGCUGCGGUUGUUGUAAUCGAGUCAGUAGUCAAUUCAUCGUUGAGCCUCUCAUGCGCCACUAGUGUUGGUCGGCCCGUGACAGUAGGUCUGCUUG